AUGUUGAGACCCAACGGGGGCAAGCUCCAUGAAAAGGAUGCCGACGUGCCUGAGAACGCUAUGCGUUAUGCUGAGUGGAUUGGUAGCGAGGUUAUGGAAGAAUGGGCCAAGUGCCAAAGAUGGGAUAAGGAGCGUUCCCAUCCAACCGAAGGGGAUGAUCUUCUGAUUCUGCCAGCUAGAGUGUUUGCAUUUGUCUUCGGUACGAGAAAAUGGGCCUGCCUCAAAAUUGGCAAAGACAACGCCGGAGAGGAGAUGAUGAACAAAACGCGGAGGCGGUCGGAGCCAUGGGACGAUUUACAGCUUCCCGAUGGGCAUAAACGUUUGGUGCAGUCUCUGAUUGAGUCGCAUUCCGAUCACGAGGGACCACGCAGCCUGCAUUUUGAUCUUGUAAGGGACAAGGAGGUCGUAGGAGAGGGGGUCACCAUUCUCCUACACGGGGUGCCUGGUGGUGGAAAAGCAUCAACAGCCCGUAGAAUGCGCUGCAGAAGCAGACAAUCGCCCUUUGCUCCCCAUUACCUGGGGUCAGUAUCGGUUCGGAACGCGAAGGACUCCAAAAUCGGCCCGGUUUGGAACGGUCGCCGAAUCCGCAAUGCGUUCCAAAGCGCUGUUGCGCUGGCGGGAUACCGUUCCAGUGGCGGCAGGAUCAAACUCGAGAGGGAGCAUUUUGAGCGGGUGUCCGAGGUGUCCCACGAGUUCAACCACUACCUCUGGAGCAUCCAGUCAGAGACCGACUCGGCAAAGGCCGAGAGAUGGGGCUACCGUAUCGACGAAUAUCGCACCGAUGAGACGAUACACCUGCAAUCACAGCAUAACCACUCAGACAACCGCAGGCCGGCAGAAGGGCCUGGGCAUGUCAUGUUUGGGCAGAUGGGAACGGCACCCAACGUGAACACACCGGCUGGGUCGGCGGCGCCUUUCAUGCACGCCGGUUUCCAACACUUUGGCCAGCAAGGGGGAGGGUUUUACAACCCUCAACCUCAACAACCCCAUGCAGCAGCUUUCCCCGUGAUGACCGGAGCUGCGCCAGGUCCUCUACAACAACAGAAUUAA